CUGUAAUAUAUAUAACUCACCCUGCAUUCCCUAUCUUUCUCUCCCUUUCUUCUCCUUUCCAAGAGAAAGAGAGAGAGAGAGAUACACAUUCAACACACACAAUAAUAUCUCUCUCACCAUAUGUCACAUUAGGCAGCACACUUUUUUCACAUUCAUUUUGAGAUUGUUACACUUUAAUCUCAUCUACAACCGCAAAUGGCGGAAGGGGUGCUGCAAUUCAAUGUGGCGUCAAUGGUGGAAGAUGUGCUCCAGCAGCACGGAAAGAGACUCGGUGAAACAGAUUUCGCCUCAAGAAGAGCUCAGGAAACUUCAUUGAGAAGAUAUGAGGUGGCGGGGUGGCUAAGGAAGAUGGUAGGGGUAGUUUUGGGAAAAGAUUUGCCUGCUGAGCCUUCUGAAGAAGACUUCAGGAUUGGAUUGAGAAGUGGCAUUAUUCUUUGCACUGUUCUUAACAAGGUUCAGCCUGGCUCUGUUCCAAAAGUAGUUGAAGCACCUGUUGACACUGUCAUCAUUCCUGAUGGUGCUGCCCUCACUGCAUUCCAAUACUUUGAAAAUGUGAGGAACUUCCUUGUAGCCAUAGAGGAAAUGGGGAUUCCCACUUUUGAAGUCUCUGAUUUGGAACAAGGAGGGAAGUCUUCCCGGAUCGUGAACUGCAUCAUGGCCCUCAAAUCAUACCAUGACUGGAAGCAGUCCGGUGGGAACGGGGUCUGGAAGUUCAGUGGAAACCCGAGGCCGUGCACUGCUGCACCCAAGCCUCAUCAUGCCAGAAGAAGCUCUGAUCUGUUCCUCAAUUUUCUCUCAAGGACCUCUUCUUCAGCUGGUGACAAGUCUCCUGAUAGUUGCAUCACUGAUGAUCUUCAUGAAAUGUGCGCGUCUCCCUCGUUGCAAAGGCUUGUGCGCGACCUUCUUUCUGAUAAGAGUCCAGAAGAGAUCCCUAUUAUUGUGGAGAGUAUAAUAAAUAAGGUUAAGGAAGAGUUCGAGCGCAAGCUGGAAAGGCAGACUAAACUGAUUGAAAGAAUUUUGAAGGGUUCAUUUAUGGCACAACAGAUUAGCACAUCGCAGGAUAAGGGCGCCUACACGACAGAGAUUGGAACAGCUUCACAGGAUGAGAGCGACUCGAACUCGUGCAUGAGUUUGGAGAUUGAGGCGACGCCAAAUAUAAGAAAAGCAAACGAAAAAGAUUUGAGCAUCCUUCCCUUGAAGCACCAAGAAUUCAUUCAUCUCCAGAACAGGACUGUAGAGGAACUCAAGAACCUCCUCAACUCGACAAAACAAGGCAUGCACGUGAUGCAGCUCAAGUAUGAAGAAGAUGUUGACACUCUAGGUAAACAAGUCGUGCGCCUAGCUAGCCAAGCUUCUGGAUACCAGAAGGUUCUAGAAGAGAACCGAAAACUGUACAAUCAAGUGCAAGACCUCAAAGGAAACAUCAGAGUGUACUGCCGUGUGCGCCCUUUCCUGCCGGGGCAGGCCAAUGGCUUGAACGUGCUGGACGAAAUAGUUGACAACUCGCUCACAAUCCAAACAAGUGCGAAGCAUGGAAAAGGGAAGAAAACAUUCACUUUCAACAAGGCCUUUGGUCCUAAUUCAACUCAAGAUGAAGUAUUUGCAGAUACUCAGCCAUUGAUCCGAUCAGUCCUCGAUGGAUACAACGUCUGCAUAUUCGCCUAUGGCCAAACCGGAUCAGGAAAGACGUACACAAUGACGGGGCCGAAAGAGCUAACAAAAGAAAGCCUAGGUGUGAACUACAGAGCACUGAGCGACUUGUUCGAAAUCUCAGAGCAGAGAAAAGACACCAUUGCUUACAACAUCUCUGUUCAAAUGAUGGAAAUCUACAACGAGCAGGUCCGAGAUCUCCUCGUCACCGACGGCGGCAACAAGAGAUUGGAAAUCCGCAACAACUCCUCCAACGGCAUCAACGUCCCCAACGCCAAUCUUGUUAACGUAACCUCAACUUCCGACGUCAUCGACCUCAUGAACCUUGGCCACAAGAACCGCGCAGUCGGCUCCACUUCCAUGAACGACCGCUCCAGCCGCUCCCACAGUUGCCUCACGGUUCACGUCCUAGGCAAGGACUUGACGUCUGGGGCUACCCUACGCGGCUGCAUGCAUCUGGUGGACCUCGCCGGGAGCGAGCGAUGCGACAAGACAGACGCCGUCGGCGACAGGUUGAAGGAGGCUCAGCACAUCAACCGCUCCCUGUCUGCUCUAGGAGACGUGAUCGCUGCUCUGGCUCAGAAGAAUGCUCACGUCCCCUACCGCAACAGCAAGCUCACCCAGCUGCUACAGGACUCACUCGGAGGCCAAGCCAAGACGCUCAUGUUCGUCCACAUUAGCCCCGAGCCCGACGCUCUCGGGGAGACGCUCAGCACUCUCAAGUUCGCCGAGCGCGUCUCCACCGUCGAGCUCGGUGCUGCCAAGACCAAUAGGGAGGCGGCUUUUGGUCCUGACGUCAAAGAGCUUAAGGAGCAAAUUGCGUCGCUGAAAGCGGCGUUGGCGCGGAAGGAAGGGGGCGGGCUCCAUCAUUCCAGUUUGGAGAGCCCUACGUCGAGCGCGUCUUCUCCGUCCCACUCGUGCAAGACGGAGGACCAGAGCAACUGUUCGUCGAGAAGGCAAAGCUUGGAUAGCCAGGACUCGUGGCCGACAAUUCAGGAGGCGGUGAAAGUGGUGUCGAGCAGUAGCUUGAGUGGUCGCAGUAGCCGCAGGCAGUCGCCGGAGGUGUUCUUCGACAACAAGCGCAGCCCCAAGAUUAGUAAAGCCCCAAGCAACGUCAGAAGGCACAGCCUAGACAAGAACGAUGACUCGGAUGAAACUAGUGAAUCUUCCGAGCAAGAUUACCAAUGCCUCAACAACAUUCAGAAAUCCGCCACAGCCGCGUCAAAGCUCAAACGCCCCACCGCUGCCGCCAAGCCAGCGGUCAAGAGCCAGGACACGAGGAGUCAGAUUCCGGUGAACAAAGGUGCGCGACCAAUAGCAGCAACUGCUUCGUCUCUGGUGAGGCGAAAGACUGGCAGUGGGAAGUGAGAGGAAUUGAAGAGGCGUUAUGAUGUGUCAACGCUUUCUUGCUAUCGUUAAUUAUGGCCGUUUUUGGAUCUUCUCAUUUUCACUAUACAUGCAUUUAGUUGUCUAGAAUACAUAUAUAUACGAUCCGAGAGGCGAAGAAGAUGAAGUUUUCUAUUCCUUUUUACAUUUUGGGAAAAAGGCGGGGCAUCAACAAAUCUAUACUUCCACGCCCAUUUUCAGCUUGUAAAACUUUGAUUAGGAGAUUUUCAUAGUGAGAAUAUAGCUGAUGAUUAUAUAUCAAUGUUGUUGCACAUAACUGAUUAAACUUUUCUUGUAACUACUGUUUAUUGUGCACUAUAUGUAUACUUUUAUAUAUGCUAAUGUAAUAAUAAUACACAACAAUUUUGAAUACUA